AGCUUCCUGUUUAGAACAGUUCAGGAAGAAGAAGUAAUGGCGACGUCGGUGGGUGCCGAGUCCUCUCGGACUGGGUUAUCCCGAAAAAGCCGAAGUAGGAAUAUCCUGUCCAGGAUUAGACAUGGUCAAAUUACUGGUUGUGGACUGAGCCGGGGGACACAGUUACCCGAGGCUCUGCUCAAAGAGAGGGACAAGCGCGCCAGAUGGCAAGGGAUCCCCAUACUGCUGCAGAGGCUGUAUGAAAGCAGCCACCCCAAUAGCGAUCUCUCUCAGACCCAUGGAGUGGUGAAGGAACUGUCAUCCUUGCUUUCCAUGGAAGCCAUGUCGUUUGUGACAGAGGACAGGAAGACGGCUCAGGAGUCGACCUUUCCCAACACGUACACGUUUGAUCUCUUUGGAGGUGUUGAUUUACUGGUGGAAAUCUUAAUGAGACCCACACUCACAACGCAGAAGAACAGCUCCAAAAUGAGUGACGAUCUGGUCAAAGACUGUUUGAGUGUUCUGUACAACUGCUGUAUAUGUACGGAAGGGGUCACGAAAAGCCUUGCAUCUAGGAACGACUUCGUUUUGUUUCUGUUCACCCUGAUGACAAAUAAGAAGACCUUUCUGCAGACGGCCACGCUAAUCGAAGACAUCCUAGGGGUCAAAAAGGAGAUGAUUCAGCUGGAGGACAUCCACAACCUGCCCACUCUGGUCCAGAGCUUCGACCAGCAGCAGCUCGCCAACUUCUGCCGCAUCCUGUCCGUCACCAUCUCCGAGCCCGAUGUGGGCAACGACGACAAGCACACCCUCCUGGCAAAGAACGCCCAGCAGAAGAAGAACGCCAGCCCCUCCCGCGCAGAAGUCAACCAAGUGACUCUCCUCAACAUACCCGGGUUUAUUGAGAGACUGUGCAAGCUGGCCACUCGGAAGGUGUCUGAAGCCACGGGCACCUCCAACUUCCUGCAGGAGCUGGAGGACUGGUACACCUGGCUGGACAAUGCUCUGGUGCUGGACGCGCUCAUGCAGAUGGCCACGGAGGAGGCGGAGCACAGCAGCACAGAAUCCUCUGACGAGAGCAGCCUGGCCACGAGCCCACUGAGACACCGGCUCCCGCAGUCCAUGAAGAUUGUGCACGAGAUCAUGUACAAGGUGGAGGUGCUGUACGUCCUCUGCGUGCUGCUCAUGGGUCGCCAAAGAAACCAGGUGCACAAAAUGUUGGCCGAGUUCCGGCUGAUCCCAGGACUCAACAACCUCUUCGACAAGCUCAUCUGGAGGAAGCAGACGUCCAACCAUGUGCUGCACGGGCAGAACCAGAACUGCGACUGCAGCCCGGAAAUUUCCUUCAAAAUCCAGUUCUUGAGGCUGCUUCAGAGCUUCAGUGACCACCACGAGAACAAAUACCUGCUUCUGAACAGCCAGGAGCUGAAUGAGCUGAGCUGCAUCUCUCUGAAAGCCAACAUCCCGGAGGUGGAAGCUCUGGUCAAAACUGACAGGAGUCUGGUUUGUGACGGUAAGAAGGGUCUCCUGACUCGGUUGCUCGCGGUGAUGAAGCGGGAACCAGCGGACUCCUCCUUCAGGUUCUGGCAGGCCAGGGCAGUGGAGAGCUUCCUCAGAGGGGCCACCUCCUACGCCGACCAGAUGUUCCUCCUGAAGAGGGGCCUGCUGGAGCAUAUCCUGUUCUGCAUCAUUGACAGCGGCUGCAAGUCCAGGGACGUGCUCCAGAGCUACUUCGACCUCCUGGGGGAGCUCAUGAAGUUCAACAGUGAUGCCUUCUGCAGGUUCAACAAAUACGUCAACACAGACGAAAAGUUUCAGAUCUUCUUGAAUCAGAUCAACAGCUCCUUGGUGGACUCCAACAUGCUGGUGCGAUGCAUCGUCUUGUCCCUGGACCGAUUCGAGAACCAAACGGAAGAUGUGAAAGUGGUGGAAGUGCUGUCGGAGUGCUGUCUGCUGUCGUACAUGUCGCGUGUGGAGAACAGGCUCUCCUUCCUCUUCCGGCUUGUCAACAUCAUUAAUGUGCAAACGCUCACACAGGAGAACGUGAGCUGCCUGAACACCAGCCUGGUGGUUCUGAUGCUGGCGCGAAAGAAAGACAAGCUGCCAUUCUACCUGAAAGCCCUGAGGGAGAAGGAGUACUCGGAGAAGUACCCGGGCUGCCUGCUCAACAACUUCCACAACCUGCUGCGCUUCUGGCAGCGCCAUUACCUCAACAAGGACAAGGACAGCACCUGUCUGGAGAACAGCUCCUGCAUCCCCUUCAGCUACUGGAAGGAGACAGUGUCCGUCCUGCUGAGCCCGGACCGGACUUCGCUGUGUGCCAUAGCAAGCUACAUCGAAGAGGCGUACAUGGACCUGGACAGAGACGCGCUGGAGGUUUAACCGCGGCACUCGGACGGAGGGAGGCGAGGGCAGUACCUCAUACCUCUUCUAUCUGAUUGGAUGGAGCAGGGAGGAGGAGUCUCACUGCAGGGCCUGUUGCUUUGCCUGCUUUUGCCAGAAUGUGUAGACGUUGCCAGGGAAACGGAUGUCCAAUUGAGCAGUCUGCUCCCGAAGCACGUCUUUGAUCUAUAUCACUCAGUUGUGCUGGAGUUCCCUAGAUGGCCUGAGUAAUCCUUUGGAGAGAUUCAACGACAAAAACUAUGGUUUGAGCUACCUCAUUUUUUCAACCCAGCACCAUCCACCUUGUACUGCCAUUCUCAUACAUAGGGUUGCAAUAAAUCAAGCUUUUCAACCAUGAUCAAGUAAUGUUGUCAAAUCCCUUUUUACACACCCGGGGCUGGUUGUACCAACUGGACGUGCACGUGUGGCUGAAAGUUGCAUCUGACCUGGAACAGAGUCACAGUUCUGGCUUAAUUUAUACAUCAGUUAGACCAGUUGGACAUGCUUUUUGUUACACCUGGACACAAACUUAAUAUUCAUCAAUAGAAGCCCAAUGCCAUGUGGCAAUAUUAGUGGCCAGGGUAGGUGAAAUAUAAAAUCACCAAAUUGCAGGUCUUGGUGCAUUAGUAAAAAUCGGCAGGGUCUUUUUUUUUUUGACUGAGGUGUGUAAACUAUUAACACUAUUGGAUCAUGUGCAUGUAUCUGUCCACAGCCUACAUCAUCUGUAAGUGAUUUCUAAAAUGUCCAAGCUUCCAGGCAGGAUUGUCCGUGACAUGCUGUAUGCAGUUGCCUUCUUGAUAGUAAGAGGGGUGGAUAAAUGCAAACAGGCACGUUAUUUUCCUUUUGAAGAGGUAAAUGCCAGUCAAGUGGUAUUUACUAUGUCUUGGCUUAUGAAAAUUAUUGGCUUGAUGACAGCAUAAGCUUUCUGGCAUCAAAACUUCUGGCCUUUCUCUGCCGAGCAGCUUUCACAUCAACUUUUUCGUGUGACCAGUGGCAGAUUUAUCAUCAUGAAUUACCUGUGGGGCAAAAUUUCUAAUUAAACCGGCAAACAUUUACUUCAGUAACUAUUUUGUUCUGGUUAGCCAUAAUUCUGAUACAAUAUUGUACUGUAUAUGCUCUUUUAAAAACUUCUAAUUUGAAAAAUAUCCUGAAAGAACAAUGCCAGCGCCUGUUGGAUGACUUUUUGCCAAAUAUGUUUUCAGUAAAUCCACUGUUGCUAUAUGUUCUGUUUUUGCUCAUUUAUGAAAUGUUAAUUCGCUAUGUAGCUGGUUAAGGCACAGGGCACAGUUUACGUAGUUCACUUAGACGUUCUAGGGUUACUUGGUUUGUGUCAGUUUCGUUGUGUGUUUAUGCACAUGAAUAUGUAUUACUUAUGCUAGAUAUACAAUGUUUACGCUGGACUUAAGUGUCUCGACAUACUGUUAGCAACAGGUUUUAAAAUGAGAUCAGUCAGACAUACCAUUUCCUAACUUGGCACUUACGACCAACCUUUUUUAUUUUAAUUUUUUAUUUUUAUUAAAUGCCCAGUUAGUGCAACCAGCCCUAGGAGCCCCAAACGUAUGUUUCAAAUCCAUAAAAAUCACCCUGCACAUUGAAAAGUGGAACUGUAUUUUCUCUCAAGUCUAUUAAUAUUUCCCAGACCUCAAGGGGUCUUAAGUGAACUGAAAUGUUGUCUUAUUGCUGCUGCUUGUUUUCUUUUUCCCCAGUCUUUUCACUAUGCAUGCAACAGUCUGGUUUGUGAAGGUGAUGUGACUUCUUUGCGGAGUUUGUUGGAGUUUACAGUUGGGGAAGCUGGGCUUGUUUGGCCACACAGGAGUCUGUGUGUCCAAGUGAUCUCUGCAAACCAGGCCAGCAGUAUCUUCGUCACAACGAGCACCAAACAUCACCAUGAAUGUUGCAUUCUGUUUCCCUUGGGCUCCAAGCGCGAUCUGUUUAAAGACUAUUUUGUGACAAAGGUGGUUUAAAAGGGCAUCUAUGAUUAUUCUCUGGGAGGGGCAAUCUGACCCAGAGCCUGUUUGGUUGAAGUGUACCAAGCCUUUAUUAUUCAUUGUUGUAAAGGCCAUUUAUUUGGUGGAAGCACGGUACACUUUCCUUGGAUUUCUCUUCUAGAAAUCAAUUAUUGUUCUGGUCAGCUUUCAAAAAAACAAUUCUUAGCAAUCUAUAUAUGUAAAAUAAUAAUAGGAUGCACUCAUUACAAUGAAGAUAAAUGCCUAAGGUGCGUUCUGCUUUUAAACAGAUCUCCUGAUUUGGGAAUUAACUUUUAAAUUAAUUUUUUUUUCUUUCUCCUUGUUGUUUGAAUGCUUAGUCAGUUUAUACACUACAUAUUUUAAAAUAUGUGGUACUAGGCUAACUUUCAGACUUGCUUAGUGAGUCUUAUUUAGGUAUGCAGAAUAACAUGUUCCUAUAGCCAUCACCCAGACUAUUCAAAAAUAUUUUAAUGAUUUUAUUCCUUGGAUUUGGAAACAUUUUGAGUUGUAUUAUGCAGUGAUCACCUGACAACAAAAGUAUCAAUUUGGAUGUUAUUUUUGCAUCUGUCUUGUCUAGGCUUAAAAGUUAACAAAUUUUUAAUAUAUUCAGCUUCAAACUAGCAAGCUUUUAACCAUUGCUACAAAUUGUACUAUAUUGACCCACACUGUCAUUUGUAGUAUACCUAUCGAAUGGUAUAUUUUAGUCCAGAUAGUUCAACAGUGAAUUGUCAAUGCAGUUGUUUAUGCUCAAAUCAUAUUGUUCAUAUUGUACAUUGGCAAUGAUCUAAAUAUUGAAUCAGAUGAGUCUCUAUCCUCGUACCCAUUUAAAAUCUUAUAUCUGAACAUAGCUAUUAUUAGCAAUCACCCUGAAACCUGGGCAAUGCUGGUGCUAAACGCUUUGCAUUUGAUUGUAACUGACUUUUCCCUCUCAAUAGGUACUUGACAAUAGAUGGAUGGAGAUUCGGUAUCUCUUUUGUGGGUUAUAAUUAGCAGAUAAUUAUGGCAGAAAAAAAAAUGCCACAUUGGGUGGUUUUUUUUUCAAUUUCCUUUGUACAGCUAUGUCCGAUUGUGCAUUGAUUAUGAUUUAGUGAUUUUAAUUGAGUUUGUGAAUAUGGCACAAACUAGAAUAUAGCUACUGCACCUGAAAAGUGUCUUAUAUAUGCAGUAAUCACCAGCCAGUAGUUUUCCCAAGCACCAGUGUGUUUCUGGUGAGCAGCACACACUCGUCUGUGUAUACCAAACUCAGAAUACCACUCUUAAUCACCCACGCCCUGCUAGUGAACUGUUUUAAUGCACAUCCACAAUUUUUGUUGUUAUUUUCCCCCUCUGUAUUUGGGUUUGGAUUUAAUUUACUAUUUAACUGUUAUUGUUUGUAAAUUGAAAAAAUAAAUGGUCACAACUUUAA